AUGAGCAACAAGGUAAUUAAGGUCAUUCUUCUUGGGGAUUCUGCAGUUGGAAAAUCAAAGUUAGUUGAAAGAUUCAUGAUUGAUGGAUUUCGAGAGCAACAACAAUCUACGUUUGCAGUAAACAUCUUCCCAUACAAAGCCAAAAUUGAUGGUGAAGACUGCGAUGUUGAAUUCUGGGAUACAGCUGGUCAGGAGAGGUUUAAUAAUGUGCAUCCAUCUUACUAUGACAGAGCCCAUGCUUGUAUUUUCGUUUUUGAUGAUAGACAAAUUACAUACAAGAAUUUAGAAAAGUGGUACAACGAAUUGCAAACUUAUCGAAAGGGUAUUCCUUCGAUAGUGAUCUGUAACAAGAUAGAUUUAAACAUGGAGGCAACAAAAACCACUUUCAAUUUUGCCUCAAAGAGAGAACUUCCAUUAUAUUAUGCCUCUGCUGCUGAUGGAACCAAUGUAGUUAAGGCUUUUACAGAUGCCCUCAAACUAGCAAAGAAAUGUAGAGACAACCCAGAAAAGGAAUUUGUGGAUGAUGUUCUAGAAUUACUAAAUUAA